AAGGACCUGUAUUCAGGACUUGGGCUACAACUGUCACAUUCCUUGUUUUAAGCCACUUCUGAAGCAUAGACGUCAGAAGUGUCUAAUCUAGUUGAAGGAGAAAAAGGACUGGAUUGUUGCUAAGUGGUUCAAAGUCACCUUUUCAGAUUAAAGUGAAUUUUCCAUUUGAAUUUGGAGUAAAGGUCCCUGGAGGAAGAAUGGAGAGGCACAGAAUCCAAGCUGUGGGAGGCCUGGUGUGAAGUUUCCAGAGUCAGUGAUGAUUUGGGGAGCCACGCCAUCUGCUGGUGUUGGUCUACUAUUUUUAUCAAGUCAGCAAGCCAUCAGCCAGGAAAGUUCAGAGUACCUCAUGCUUACCUCUGCUGACAAGCUUGAUGGAGAUGCUGGUUUCCUUGGUACCUGCCCACACUGCCAAAUGUAGCAAUAUUUGCUUUAAUGUCGUGGAAUCACUGUGCUGGAUUGGCCAGCAAACUCAUCCGACCCAAAUGUCACAGAGAAUCUAUGGAGUAUUGUCAACAAGAUGAUGCAAGAUACCAAAGCCAACAGUGCAGACACAACCUGGGCUUCUUUAACACCUGAGCAGAACCACAGGUUUGUUGCCCCCAUAUAUUGAUGCAGUAUUUCAUGUACUGUACAUGGCAUUGACAUUUCUUUAUUAGAAAUCCUUUGUUUAAUGGUUUUUUUAUCAGCUGUAAGCCUGAAUCUUUUAAACCAACAAAUAACAAAUGAAUCUAUUAAAUAGAUAUGUUUCACUUUUUGAAUUGAAUUGCAUGGACUUUGUUCGAAUUUAUCCAGAUGCACCUGUAAAGAAACUGGGCCUUGGAAAAGGGCCAUCAUUCCGUUCACUGUGUGGCAGACCCACAGCUUUGCGGGGCGACUACCAUAUCUCGCCUCUGGCAGAGACUUCAUACAGACUAGGAGUGCCACCAAUGUUAAAAUAGUCCGUCCAAUUAGAGCAGUCCACGUCUACAGAAGAACCCGGAUGUGAGCCAUGUGGACCAAUCAGAAAAAUGUAGGCCACAGAGGGAAAGGAAGGCUAAGAACAGACUGAAAUGUAUCGCUGACCAAAUUACACAGAUUGUCGGUGCUUUGAUUUCACCCUCAUCUGGUCAGAAGAAGCUAAUUUACUUGCGAUAAAGUCUUAUAGUUUUCGCUUGGAGCAGCUGCCAAACCUCUGCUUCGGCUCAGGAACUUUGGAGUUACUCCUCUCAGUUCCGCCCGGAGGACUGUGGGACCGGGACCGUAAAUACACCGUCGGAACUGUUCCUCGGUCUGUCCGAACGGGUCCAGCCGUUCUCAAUGAAACAAAGCAGCAGUUUGAGCCCAAGCUGAGCCGAGAGAUCCGUCUGUUUCGGUGUCCCGGUGUGAGCGGACCCAGACAUGGAGUGGUGUCGGCGGGCAGGAGGAGCCAGCGGGCUGCUGUGCUCCCUGUCUCUGCUCUCUGUCCUCUUGGACAUCCAGCUGGACGGUGUCCUGGGGGCGACUCACGCCGAGAUCGAGCACCACUUGGAGAUGGGCCGCAAACUUCUGGCGGCUGGUCAGCUCGCUGAAGCCUUGUCCCACUACCACUCAGCCGUGGAGGGAGACUCCAAGAAUUACCUGACCUACUAUAAACGAGCUGCCGUGUUCCUGGCCAUGGGAAGAUCCAAGUCCGCUCUGCCCGAUUUGACACGGGCCAUCGAGCUGAAGCCUGACUUCCUGCCAGCCCGGCUGCAGAGAGGGAACAUCCUGCUGAAGCAGGGCAACACGCAGGAAGCCAGAGAGGACUUUAACAUGGUGCUGCAGCGUUCUGCAGACCACAGAGAAGCUCAGGAGCAGCUGAUGAGAGCGAGCGAGCUGGAGGACCUGCAGGAGGAAGCCCAGGCUGCAUACCACCAAGGUGACUACAGUGGUACCAUCAACGCGCUGGAGAAGGUUAUUGAGAUCUCUCCCUGGGAUCCGAAGUCGAGGGAGCUUCGUGCCGAUUGUUACAUCCGAAUGGGGGAUCCACAGAAAGCCAUCCAGGAUCUCACGCCUGCUGCCAGGCUAAGCAACGACAACCGCGCAGCCUUCCUGAAGCUCAGCCUGCUGCACUACAGCCUCGGAGAGCACCAUGAGUCCCUCAACCACAUCAGGGAGUGUCUGAAGCUCGACCAGGACGACAAAGAUUGUUUCAUCCACUACAAGCAGGUGAAGAAACUCAGCAAGCUGCUUGAUUCUGCAGAAGAGUCGAUCCAACAGGGGAGGCAUCAGGAAGCUAUUGGAAAAUUUGAAUCGGCAAUGAUGACGGAGCCAAACAUCCAGUUCUACACUAACCUGGCCAAAGAAAGGAUCUGCUUCUGUCUUGUCAAGCUUCAGUUGGCUACUGAGGCCAUAGAUAUCUGUUCAGAGGCCCACCAGAGAGAACCUCGCAAUGCAAACAUCCUCCGAGACCGAGCAGAGGCCUACAUCCUCAACCAGGACUACGAGAAAGCUGUUGAAGACUACCAGGAGGCGAGAGAGUUCGACAGCGACAGCAAUACCAUCAGAGAGGGCCUCGAACGAGCACAGAAGAUGCUCAAAAUCUCUCGCAAGAGAGACUACUACAAGAUCCUUGGAGUUAGCAGGAAUGCUAAUAAGCAGGAGAUAAUCAAGGCGUAUAGGAAGUUGGCACAGCAGUGGCACCCUGACAACUUCCAGUCCGAAGCAGACAAGAAAGAGGCGGAGAAGAAGUUUAUUGAUAUCGCAUCAGCUAAAGAAGUCCUCACCGACCCAGAAAUGAGGCAGAAGUUCGAUGCAGGCGAGGAUCCUCUGGACCCAGAGAGCCAGCAGGGCGGAGGCGGUGGACAGAGGGCCUGGCCGUUCCACUUUAACCCUUUCGAGUCUGGCGGCAACUUCCACUUCAAGUUCGAGUACAACUAGAGAGCGGGACUUAAUAAAGCAUCUUCAGACAGAUGUGUGCCAGAUCUUCCACAGGAUUUGUACAUCAGCCUGGACGCUGUUUAUUUUAGUGACAUAAAUGUGUUUUUUUUUUUAGAAAGGAACCACAGGUUCUGUGGCUCCUGUUAAAUGGUGGUUGAGGAAAGUGGUGGAAAGUGAAGGAUUUUUUUUUUAACACCUUGAUUCUUCUUUGGGGAACUGAAAGGUGCUGGAUGAAAACUGUGGAUGUUUCUGCUCCUAUUUUUUCUUUCUUUGUGCCAAUCUUGAAGCUUUUAAUGGAGGAAGAAAGUCAAUGUGCCGCUUUUUAUUCUUGCAGUAUUCUUCAAAGGAACCACAGCCCUGCUAAUUUCAGUCAAUGUUCUAUACUGUGCUGAAGCAACUCUACACUUGAGAAUCAAGACUUUAUGGUUGAUGAAAUCAACAGCAUUUUGUUGGAUUAAUGGUGAAGCACACUGGAAUCCUUUGAAUCUUCUAUCAGUUUGAUUUUGCUUUAAACUAAAAUUGGUUUCUAGAGGUUCUUCAGUGAGGAUAAUGUAUUUGUUUGAAAAUGGUGCUUGUAUACGGCAGUAGGGUUGGGCAUCGAGAAUCAAUUGGAACCGGGCAGUGUUGCCAGGUGUACGAUAAUUAUCGUAUUUGUACGAUAAUUUUGCUCUGUACGAUGUACGAUCAAUAUUCGUAAAAAAGGCCAAAUGUACGAUAA